AUGACGUCCACGUCGAGCCGUUGCCGUCCUCAGUCUUCGAUCAGUCUCGACGAGAAACGGCAUCGCAACCGGAGUCUCGGGUGCAUUUCCCGUCACUCGGCGAGCCCUCUGCCCGGAUUCUCGGCCUACCUCGGCUCGAUCACCCGCGUCUCCACCGGACAGACAACUUUCCACCCGUACGGAGUCACUCAGCCUCUUUCUCCACAGUCCUGCGUCGGUCCGUUAUGAUUCUUCCCUUUCUUACUUCUAAUAUUUCAUUUCCAGGUGUCUUCACUUCAAUGUACUGUAGCACUCCCUCCGAAUAUUCGUUCCAGCCCAUGUUCAGUCUAUCAGACACCCCUCCAUUAGUGUCCCCGGAGCCAGAUGAUGACGUGGAUUACUCGGUGAGUAGCCACAAACUUUAUAAUAAUUGGCCAGUUUCAUUUUCAGCCAGACAUGACGAGGAAGAAAGAGUCAGCGUCUUCUGGAUACGGAUCCGCGGGGAGUGAAUCCGAGCACGAUUUGGUGAGGAGUUGGAAAGAGAAAAGAAUGAAGGGAAUUGUUUGCAUUCAGAUGUCCCUUCGAAGCGAUGAUCUCAAGUUUCGAGGCCGGCUCCGUCACACAAACUCUCACGGAAAUAGAGCACAGGUUGGGUUUCAGAAGUCAGAAGCAUUUAUUCUUUCAAGAAAAAGGGAAGAUUGGCGGCCAGAACGAGUUAUCAGAGACCGCCAGUCUUUGUGUAUUCGUUCACUUCUACCGUAUUCCAGGACCUUCACCGUCGUCGUUCAAUGCCUCCUUCUUGCCACUUCGAAAACGACGUGACUCGUGUUCUCGUCAGUGACGGAUACGCAAAGUUCGAGACGAACGUGGUGAGUCCCUUCUGAAACUGUCGUCUUUUCUCGAAUUUCACAACUUGCUUCUUAUGUUUUCUGAUGAUAUCAUCAAUGUUUUCAUUCGGAACAAAGCCUGUGAAUCAUCCCCUUUUCUGCCUAUUCAGUCGACGGUAGCGGGCGGGAAAAGCAGCCAUUGCCUUCUUCGGAAACGUCCCAAUUCUGUCAUUCUGUCUUCUGGGCUGACACGGAAAUGAAAGACGAACAAAUAUUCGCAUUUGGAGGAAGUCUCUCUCUCUCUCUCUCUCUCUGUGAUAAACUGAUAAGCAACUCUCUUCCGUUCGUUUUCCGUUCUAUUUGAUGUUUUGCUCAAAUACGACUUCCCUCGCGAGAGAGUUUGGAGGAUCGAGAGACGCAGAAACACAAGUGUUCCGUCUUGUUUGCACCCGCAUAUCAUCAUGAUUUGAAGCAUUUUGGAGGCUCUUGUCCGAUUGCGUCGGAAUCAAAACUCAAAGAAGAAAGAAAGUCUCAGUCUCAGAUAAUAAUAAUCUGUCCAAAACCAAUUCAUCCUCCCAAUUAUAAUCAUCUGUUUCCCUGCCGAAUCCCGCCACCUUUACACUAUUCCAUUCGAUCACAUUUGGUAGAUUAGACGCAUUCAUUUCAUUCAUUUCCAUUCGGCAUCAUACUGUUUUCGUAUUCCAGUUGACUUUAAGCUUAAAUGAUUCACAAGGUGUGGUAGCGGCGGUACCUACUUUGUGGAAAAUAAAAAGAACAAACUGUAUCCGUUUUGUGUAUUUUUCGGCUUUCUCUCCCCUCUUGCCAUUCGUUUUGCAAUAGUUCAAACGUACUCUCUUGUUGUCAAAGUCCCCGAAGUCUUACUGUAGUUGCUGCCACGUCAAACCACUUUCUCUCUUCAACCUAGUAAUUACAGUGUGUUUGUCCUGAUUCGCCGGCCUAAUUUCCCUGUUUUUCCCACCUGGAAAUGAUUGUUUAAAACCCCAGUUUUCGAUUGAUUUCCCUGCCAACCUUCAGCCUCGACCACACCCAAAUGAACUGGAGAUCUCGCGUCGAAAACUUGAAUUAAACUGGACACACUUUCCUCAUUCAGGACCUCCGCUUCUCUUUUGUUUGAAAGUUAAGUUUCCCUGGGAAAAAAACUUUUGGAAAUUGCGAAAAUAUUUGACGAGAUGGUGGUGCCCCCGUCCGAACCUUGCUGAUUCCGGUUUUCUGAGAGGGCGCAGGUAAAUAUGUGUGUAUUCGAAACACAAAACGAAGAAAGUAGACUCAUUAAGAAAGACUGUCAAAGUUUCUGGUUACUCUUUACUACUCGGCAGCCUGUUAUCAUCCGCAUCCGUCCUUCCGUCCGCCCUUGUCCGUUCUCCUCUUCUCCUGGCCAUAUCUUGUUUGUACUAUUCCAUUCCCCUUUUUGUUCCAAUCCUUCUCUCUCUUCUUCUCUCCGUUAACGUGUUUCAUUGACAAUUCCCUCCUUUUUCUGUGUUCCUUCUUCAAUGUUUUCCUGUUAUUUUAACAAUUUUUUCUUAUCAAUCGUUGAUAAGCGAUUCUAAUUCGUUUUGUUUUAAGUUGACAAUAUCUUUUCCGAGUAAACACGAAACCAAUUAGUUUUCAGGACACGGGAGAGUGCAUCAGAAUGGAGAUCCGCGGAAUGAGUCGUCCCGAAUCCGUGCUCAUGCUCGCUCGUAAGUUCGGCGAAAUCUCGGCCGCACAGGAAAAUGAACUUCACAAAUCGCGUCUUUCCCUCUCCACGGGCAAAGAAAACUUCACCAAGCGUGCCAUCUCGGCCCAACUUUUGCCCCAAUCGAAAAGUGGGCCGCCGACCCCAGUGAGACAUUGUAAGCCCACUUCACACCUUUUAUUUGGUUUCAUAUCAAUACGUUUAGCAGCCACUGUCACCUCCUCCUACGCCCUUCCGAUCGGCCGUCCCGCUAUCGGUGGCAUCGCCAGUCUCAAGUGUGAGUUAAAUCACAAAAAGGUCUAGCAGCGAGUGGUUUCGAUCCACCGACCUCUGGGUUAUGGGCCCAGCACGCUUCCACUGCGCCACGCUGCUGCGAUGAACGUCGCUGCCCUGUGCAUAUAUCACUCUCGUGCACAUGGAAAGGGGCAAAUGAAAAGACAAGCACUGCGUGGGGAGGGAUGUUCCGGAGCACGUUUUAUUACAAUAAGGAGCCACUACGAGCACUUUGAGAUCUCGAGAAAAGGGAGAAGAGAAAGAGAAUAUUACACUGGCGGAGCAGCGUCCACCUUUACCAAUAUACUCUAUCACCUCGAGCCAUCACAACAUCAUUCUUAUUAAUAAAAGCCUUACGGGGUCUGUCCCUGUGUUUAUUUAUUUAUUUAUUUACUAGACUUUUAGAACCUGGGCACCCUUCGCGAUCCGAGCCAACGCUCGGAAGCUUGUUUGUUUCUCAUAACCGUUGGAAUUCACUUUAAAGUUAACGUGUUCAUUUCUUAAUUUCUCCGUCACAACUUUUUCGUUAAAAAAUGAAAGUGGGGACAGACAAACGGAGAAAUAAACAAACAAACAAACAAAGAGACAAAAAGAGGGACAUUUGAAUUAAGUAACUCUCUAUUGUCAUUCAACCUCUUCACUUUCUGUCUAAAUUAUCCGAAUUCUGAGGUGGUGAUUCUGAAUUCAACUGAACUUAUGACGUCCAAAACAAUGAACAUCUGGCCACUUUUCUUCCAGAAUAAUCUCAAAAUUUGUUCAUUUUUCUCGCUCCCCUCCACAUGUUUUCUAUGAUGUUUUCACUUGUGACGGGCACGAAAAUCGGCUGGGAGAAAUGGAAAAAUCACAUGAGAACUGACAGCCCCUGCUCUUUUCCUUGGUUCUCUCUCUCUCUCUCCUCCACGGAUUUCAUAUCUUCUCUUUUUGCAGCUGAACCGAAAAUGUCUCGUCCGAAUAUGUUCAAACAAAUGGAGAAAGCGGGAGCAACGUGAGUCAGAAGAGGGGGAAUGAACGUGACCGGCGAGAUUUACAGUCCGAACGCCGCAGCUCCGCCACGUCAGCUCAAUCCGAACUCCAUCAAAGACGCCCUUUUGCGUUGGAUUCAGAACAGAGUGGCCGGAUAUCCAGUGAGUCCCAGACAGUGUUUUCUGUCGAACGAAAGGCGAUUCAGAAUGUGAACGUGACCAAUUUCUCGUCCUCCUGGGCCGACGGAAUGGCCUUCUGUGCCCUGAUCCACCGCUUCGCUCCUCAGGCGUUCGACUUCUCCAAACUGGACCCCAAGAACAGGCGGUACAACUUCGAGUUGGCGUUCAAAGUUUCCGAGUGAGUUGAUGUGAUGGUUCGAGAUGGAAAAUGGUUGAUUUGAAGGGACAACGGCAUCUUUCCGUUGCUGGAAGUUGACGAUAUGAUCAUGAUGGGCGACCGUCCGGACUGGAAAUGCGUCUUCACCUACGUUCAAUCCUUCUACAAACAGUUCCGUGAUCAUCCGUAG